CGUAUGACGGCCCGAGCUUGUAGCGAAUCAAUUGGACAAGCUUGGUGCAGGAAUUAACUUUCAUUGUCCACUACCUCGAUUGCAACAAGCCAUUGUCGUCACCUAGCGAACACGAGCGAUACCCUAGCUAUCACAAUCGAUCCGAAUUCACCACCGCGACAAAUUCGAACAAUCAGAACAACGCCGACAUGGCCUCUUUCAUCGCCAGGAGGGCGUUUACCACCAGCGCCCGCAGGCUCGAGGCUGGCGCAAAGGAGCAUGUCCUCAAGCAGGAGGGCAAGAAGGACCCGGAGCUCAUGAUCCUUGGUGGCAUCAUGGUUGCUGCUUUUGCCGGUGCCGGUUUCUACUUUGGACGCACGCCUACCUCGUCCACUUCGGAGACCAAGGUCCCUAUGGCCAAGGACGCCAUGCCGUGGGAGAGUGAGACCGCUGGCAAGUACAAGUACCACCCCGGUGGUGACCCCAACGCUGCUCCUAAGGAUGCUCCCAGCGCUGUGAACGUCGUGGUUGUUCCCGACGUCACGCUGCCCAAGAACCUCCACGACAAGUGGAACAAAUGGGGAAAGGAGGGCUACUAGAGGAUUUGUUUACCAUUGAAGAACAUGGCCGCUGGGAAAUUUCGAGAUAUGGCUACCAGAUACCUAAGCAGAGGUAGCUGCCGACAAGGCAUCGAUGUACAUAGAAGGCAAAGCAUUAUCGAUCACAACCGAGGCUGAGAGAGCAACACGCCCGUUUUAUUUGUUCAGGAGUCAGAUUGCUGUUCGGAGUGAUUGCUGUGCAGAGUUGGGCGAGUGUGUAGAGUUUGGAAAAUGAUGGAAGUUUGGUCACGAUAUGAUGUAUAUGCUCACACCGGAGUGCACCUGUUCCACUCGCCGAUACAAUAUUUGGGCUGUUGGCCGACUGAAACAUAAAUUAGCCACCCAUUCACGGCAUGAUGCACAGUCCCGAUGCAUUGCCAUGGAGAUUUCAAUUAUAUCAUAGUAAAUCCUAGAUGUUCGUCUGGU